AUGUCAAACGUUGAGAGCGGUAUUACGCCAACUUUCCAUGAAGCAACUGUAGAUAUGGAUUCACAACUUCUGACCAUUCCAGUUCAAAGUGCUCCUGAGUCGAAAAUUGAGAGUGAUAUGGAACCACCAAGCCGAACACCCUCGCUUAGAAGCCUUGACAUAAAUCCACCUGCUGAUGUUGCACCCGCCUUAGUGGUGACAGACGCUCUCACGCCGAAAAGAGCUCCGCUUGAUUUUGAAGAUCAAGACGAUUACAACUCGCCAGCUGGUUUGAACAGGACUCAUUUUUCGCGGCCAACAUACCACAGACGACGAUUCAAAGAGCCGCCAAGAGUUGUGGAAGGUGCAGUGAAGGAACGUUUGGCUCCCUUCGGUCAGACAGCCACAAACAUGUCCUUUGAGCGUUUCGCUAACAAUUCGUUCGAGAAAAGAGGGCAUCCCGCUCCAGCUGUGCUCACGGCUAUGCUUCAGCAGCGGCAAAAUCAGGCAGCUCGCAGUGGUAGAGAGAGCUCACACCCAUGUGGAACAACACCGAAUUCUUUCCGUGACAAGCCAAUAUGCAGUAGUAACGAGGAACCAAGUCAACAGAUGGUGAAGAGCAAAGAAGAAAGAAAACGAUCAUUCAUCGAUAAUCAACAUCACCAGUAUGAGACAAGAACUCAGCAGGAAUGGAGAAGCAGCACCAGAAGCCAGUGGGAGGAAAGAAAGCUUGACGAAAACUUCAAUGAGGUUCGAAGUGGUGACUGGGCAGACGCAAAGCUACGUACGGAAAGCGAGAGCGCCAUACCGGUUGAUGUGCAGCAUCAAAUGGACAAACUCCAGAACAGCAGAUUGUCUGACCAAGUGUUCGACGAUCGUGAGGUGCCUGUAAAGCGCAUUGAGCUCUACAACGGCUCAACACCUACUCGAAUCUACACAACUCAACAAAUGCAAAAAGGCAGCAUCGGUGGAGAAAGGCCUGACCACCAGUUGCCUGUAAUUGGAUCACAAACGCCGGAAAAUCUGCGGAAAAGUCAAGGUCCGGGAAAUGUGCCAUAUCGAAUGGAUGGGGAAGAGUUGUGUAAACCAGGUCGUUCAACUGUAAUAUCGAAAGAGGCGGUCGAGCAGUUAAGGCAGUCGGUAGUUGCUGAAUCACGCUUGCCCUCAACACCUAGGAGGAAGACGUAUGAAAGUGAAAAUGAAGUGCCCCCUCCAAUAGAUAUCAAAGAUCUGUCAAUGACAGAUCCAGUGCCGAGAGGCUCCAUUGCUGCGCAGGACGCCCCGUAUGUGACGCCAACACGUGCACCACGUAUCUCUGUGAAUAUGAAAUCACCGUCGUCAUUGUGGAGUCCGACUUCUCGAGGAUGGGAACGCCGCAGAUUCAGCAGUGAUCGCGAAGAUAGCACACCAUACAAGUGGCAGGUCCCACAAGUUGACACUCGUAAAGGAAAUAGAGAACCUGAUGCACGUUCCAAUGAAAGCCGAACAAGUAAUUGUGGCAGUACAGUCAGGAGACAUGUACCAAGGGGAAGAAUACGCGAUUUGGCACGUCUCUUUGAUGGUUUGACUCGAGAAGCUCAGCGAGAAUCAGAGGUGCUCAGAGGGAAGUCGCUUCCACCUCCAAAACAGCGGUCGAAGUAUUUUCGAACACGCUCUUUACCAAGACCGCAGGAUUCGAUGACUCGUGAUGACACACAACCUCCGAAACAAGUGGCACCGUUUUCAAGUGUUCCUAAUGAAGAUCAUGCUCUGAAGAUUCCUUAUACGUCAGCGCACAGCGGUAUCGAGAGUCACGUUUCGACAGCUAAUCAGCCACACCUUCCAUCCUCUCAGAGAAAUAGCUGUAGUGAACCAGCAGAAGCGGGUGAAGCACCUCGCUUCGGCAUGGAAUGGUCGAGGCCUCAGCAACAUGACAAUGAAGCUAGGGGCGAUCACGAUGACGCGUCCACUGAUAGGGAUCUCGCUAGCGCUUUCGGUCGUGUACCUUCGAUACAUUCGCCGGAAAGCUCAGCCAUGUAUGAUACAAAACACUUAGGAAGUGCUGCCACUGGUAAUUACGGUAAUGAGAGAAUGCCCACCACAUCUGAACCUUGCGAGCAGCGGGCUGGGCAGAAUGCCACACACCCAGAGCCAGCGGAACAUCACUAUGCGGAGCCAGUAAUUAUGAGGACUGCACCACCACCUCAAAGGUUAUCUGUAAUCCAUCCUAAUAGUGGCCAGCAUGGCUACUAUGUACAACAUAGACGCGUUCAAAGCGAUCAACAACCGUACCGUGCGAGUGUCCAUGUGGUCCCUAAACCUGAGCCGACUUAUGCAAAAGUGCAACGUGUUAGCGCUAACCAGCACUAUCCGCUUAUUAGUCAACAGGGAACGCGUCGUGUGGAAUCUGUGAGCGCGUUACCAAGCGAAAGACAUUUUGAGAAUGUUGAAGCGGAGAAAGUGACUGGGGAAAUCGAUAGAAUGUUUGAAUUUGUGGAUGAGCACGAUGGACUAAGCACGUUAGGCCGUGAAACUGGAUCUGAAAGCGUUAUUGGUGUAGUGAAACACGGAGACUAUGGAACUGUACGAGGUGAUGACGUUGGGCACCUACCUGAAUUGCCACCUAUGCCACCGCAGCCUCCAACUCCACAUAAUCUAGAUUCUACGAGACGUCGAUCGGAUCAGCCACUGAAGUAUUCUAUUAGCGGUUACCGCGAUAUGCAGCGCAUACAGCGCAUGGGUCGAGUGUCAUCAGAUGCUCCUCCUCGAUUUUCCCCUCUAACGGCACCGACUCCUGGCAUUGGUGUGAGUACGUACAAGUCAAGAGAAGGAACUAUUGGGGAAAAGGUAAGCACCAUAAGCCGAUAUUCCCGCCCCAAUACGCAACCUUCUGCUCUGGCAACGUCCACACCAGUUAACUCUCCUUUGGGUACAGGGUUGUCACAAGGGCCACCUGAAGCACCGAACCUUGAUGACUCUUUCGUAAGCACUAUCACGACUGCCAGUCACCUUCACGAUGCCCAUGAGGAAUACAAACGCCAAAUUGCGAAGUUGAAUCAUCAAAUUCGGGUUCAAGAAGAACAGAUAGAAAUGACGCUAAAAGUGCUGGCUUUGGCGCGAAAGAAGCAGAAGUCAAUGCAAGAGCUGUCUGCACAGCGUACUCUUCUGCUGGCUCAUGAACGUCUUGAACUCUUGCGAUGUGAGGUAAAUCGCAUAUCGGCUCUCGCGGCUGUACGCAACCCACCUCCUCCCGUCAGCCGAGAUUUGCGUGGAACGAUGACAAUCUCGAAUAUCACAGUGCAUCUGAAUCGAAGCUUCUGUCAGAGACAGUAUGAUCACGAGACAUCUUAUGCUCUUCUGAUUCUUCUAAAGUGUGGCGCAGAAGUGGAGGCGACUGGUCCGAUAUCCUUGCUAGCACAUCAACCAGUGCGCAUUCGCCAGCUAACGUUUGCUGAGCACGUUCAGUUUUCCAACCUGCCAGUUGAUUUCAACGUAGUAGUGGAAGUGUAUGCCAUGAAAUUGCCCACCGCCAAACAAAUGGAGCAGUCGUGCGCCACAAACAUCGCCAACAAAUGCCGUAAUCUACUCAAUCCAGUCUCGGCGCACCGUCCAGGUCGCUCAGCAUACCGUAGCGAUGCUCAAGUGUCCGAGUUUGUUCGAUGUGGAUACAUAAUUCUGAAUCGGGAUACGGUGGGCGCUAAUAAGUUCUAUCUGGACGAAGCUGAGUACCCACUGGAAGGCAUAAUCGAAGUAUACGCACGCUGCACCACGCUUCCUCCAGCGAUUGAGGUCGACAAUAGAGGGUUCUUGACAAUGUAUCAAACGGUGAGUGGAAUGGCGUCAUGGGAGCGUUACUGGGCUGUUUUACGCCGUGGUAUGGUCUACUUCUGGCGCUAUCCGGAUGACGAGUCACUGGAAAAGCGUCCGGUGGCGUUCAUGGAUUUGAGCAAGUGCACCAACGAAGAGGUUAUGGCAUGCAGUCCAGAGCAGUGUCCUCGAGAAAACUCAUUCAGCAUUGAUAUGUUGGUCUCUACGACUCCUUCAAUGAUGGAAAAGAAGCGCGUAUUGCUCUCUGCGGAUUCCAACGAACUUCUUCAUGCCUGGCUACAGGCCCUGAAUGAAACCUUAUCGGUGCUUAGGGGAUAG